AUGUCUGAUCAAAAUGGACCGGAAAAGAAGAACCUCAAGGUUCUGGUUGCUGGAGCGGCCGGGUUCCUGGGAUCACAUCUUGUAGACCUUCUGCUAGAGAAAGGCCACGAGGUAAUUGGUCUGGACAACUUCCAAACGGGCUUUCCCAACAACCUGAAACAUCUGGUUUCUAAUGCCAAGUUCACUCUCGUGCGUCACGAUGUGCGCGCUCCACUACCCGAAUUGCCUAUCGUGGAUCAGAUUUAUCACCUCGCCUGUCCAGCGAGCCCGAUCCAGUACCAGAAAGACCAUAUCGGCACACUUGACACCUGCUACCGAGGGACGAAAAGCCUGCUUGAAUUCGCAACAAAACGCAAGAUCCGCAUUCUAUUCACAAGCACAUCUGAAGUCUACGGAGAUCCCAAGAUCUGUCCCCAGCCGGAGACGUACUGGGGGAACGUGAAUCCGUUUGGGCCCCGGUCUUGCUAUGAUGAAGGUAAACGAGUUGGGGAGGCUCUGAUGUAUGGAUAUCGGGAGCAGCAUGGGACGGACAUUCGCAUUGCCCGAAUUUUCAACACGUACGGACCACGACUGGCUGCCUCAGACGGAAGGGUUGUUUCUUCAUUCAUUGCGAGCGCGCUGUCGGGACAACCGAUCCAGAUCACUGGCGACGGGUCGGCGACACGUUCAUUCCAAUAUGUUAGUGACUGCGCGAACGGCCUUUAUAGGUUGAUGAAUAGCGGUUAUGCAAAAGGACCGGUGAACAUAGGAAACGAUAACGAGAAUACCAUACUGCAGUUGGCGGAAAUGGUUGCAGAGCUAGUAGUAAGCAUUACCGGUCAGCAACCUAAGGUCAGUAUCGAAUUCCUUCCACCGCCGGUGGAUGAUCCUGCGACUCGGCGGCCGGACAACUCUCUGGCGCGGGAAGAACUUGGGUGGAAACCGAUUAUAUCUCUCGAACAGGGGUUACGACACACCAUUCGGUGGCAUAUUGAAGAGAUGGGCCGUGGUGACCGCCCUGUAGUGCGGCUGUGA